AUGGACGUCGACGUGCGUCCCAAAAAGAAGCGACGCUUUUUCGUUGACGAUCCUGAAGAUCCUCGCGACCAUGUCUCCUCGUCUGUAAAUGCGUCUAGCAGACCAACUUCCGCCACCUCGUCUGCCGGCCCUGACCACGAGUCCUGUCCAGUGAACCGAGCCGAUUCCCAAAGCCCACAUGACGAUGAGAAGCCUCAAGCCUUCGACAUUGACCUAUUUCGCGCAUUUGUUGGAGAAGACGUCUCUCAAGAUGUCGUGGAAAGGGUGGAGGCUGCUUCCAAUGGUAACCUCGAGCGAGCAAUUAACAUGUACUUUGAUGGAUCGUGGAAAAAUGCUGCAGUAUCCCAGACGAGGACAUCGCUUCCUUCAAGGGGUGUAAGUUCAUGGCUGAGCACACCUGCUGCCUUCAGCAGGACUCCCGCCGAGCCACCACAAGCAAGCCUAAAAGCCGCAGCAUCGAAGACGGUUACCCUGGAUUCGAUGCCCGCUGAACGAUAUGUUGGAUCAUUUGGCGUGGCGGCCUGGAUGACAAAAAGUGGUACAGGACUCUUGGCUCAUGGUGAACCAGUGCGGAUAGAACGAUCAAAAAUCUCUCCAAAGACGAAAAUUGGGAGAAGCGGCAAACUAGUACCAGUGGUAGGCAGGAAUCAAAAGGGAGAUGUGAUCACACGCUUUACAAACACAAGGGGCGAGGAACUUGGCCGUCUUCCUGAGGAGACGGCCUCUUGGGUGUCAUCUUUGCUGGACCAGAAGAUCUGCCGCUUCGAGGGGACCUGCGUUUUUGCACCCGACCGUGUCCGAGUCAACGACACAAUCUACCUGCAGCUUCGUGCAUACCUCCUCAAGACAGCCUUUGAGGCAAACGUCUUUGUGAAACCAAAAGAUGACAACCGCGCGACAGGCUUCUUUGAAGAGAAAGAGAGCAGCGAAGAGAAGGACCUUCGACUACGACAAGUGGCUCUAGUCAAACUCUUUGAGGAAGUUAGCCUCAAUCCAACAACAACAAGUGAGACGACCACCAAGCACAGGAAGCAAGGUCUACUAAGAGCUGCUGAAAUGGCGGAACAAUACGACAAAGACAAGGAAGCCAAGGGCAAAUCCGGCAUAUCGACACCCUUCUCUGAAGAAGAGGAGGGUGAAGAGCUGGAAGAAGACCAACUAGAUACACUCUACCGGAAGGCGCAGUCGUUUGACUUCAAUACGCCUGAAGCCGAGCCGGCCUCAACUUUCCGAUUGGAACUACGAAAAUAUCAAAAACAAGCCCUGCAUUGGAUGAUUGGCAAAGAACGAGAUGAAAAGCCCGACAAGCAACAGUCUAUGCACCCGCUAUGGGAAGAAUAUACCUGGCCCACGAAGGACGCAAAUGACGAAGUACUUCCUAUUAUUGAAGGACAAGACAAGUUUUAUGUCAAUCUCUACUCUGGAGAAAUCAGUCUAGACUUCCCUGUCCAAGAACAAAACUGUCUGGGAGGUAUUUUGGCCGAUGAAAUGGGCCUAGGCAAGACCAUCGAAAUCUACAGCUUGAUUCAUUCCCACCGCUCACAAAUCGAUCUGGAAGCCGCCCCCCAGGCCAUGACAUCCGUCAAUCAUCUUCCUAGACUGCCUCAAUCUUCAACGUCGGUCGAACCAGCACCAUGUACGACGUUGGUCGUGGCACCCAUGUCCCUGUUGGCACAGUGGGAGAGCGAAGCUGCCAAAUGUUCGGAGCCCGGCUCUUUGAGAACUAUGGUCUACUAUGGCAGCGAGAAAUCGGUCAAUCUACAGACCUUGUGCUCCGUCACGAAUGCCACCUCUGCUCCCAACGUCAUCAUCACAAGUUACGGCACCGUUCUCUCUGAAUUCGGACAAGUAUCAGCUGCUGGAGGCGAUCGUGCAUCUCAGGGCGGCCUGUUCUCCGUGGAUUUUCAUCGGGUUAUUCUUGACGAGGCCCACACCAUUAAAAACAGGCAGGCAAAGACGUCCAAGGCGUGUUAUGAGAUCAAAGCGAAACAUAGAUGGGUCUUGACCGGAACACCCAUCGUCAAUCGUUUAGAAGACUUAUUCAGCUUGGUCAGAUUCCUGAAAGUCGAGCCGUGGAGCAACUUCUCGUUCUGGAAAACGUUCAUUACGGUGCCUUUUGAGUCAAAGGAGAUUGCGCGAGCCCUCAACGUGGUUCAGACUGUCCUGGAGCCUCUGGUGUUGAGAAGGACGAAAGACAUGAAAACCCCCGAAGGCGGAGCGCUCGUGCCGCUUCCUCCGAAGUCUGUCAUAGUCGAAGAAGUCGAGCUCUCAAAGACAGAACGCGAAGUUUACGAUCUGAUUUUUACGCGGGCUAAGCGCGCUUUUAAUGAAUCCGUCGCUGCUGGUACUCUCUUGAAGUCAUACACGACAAUUUUUGCGCAGAUCCUGCGCUUACGGCAGUCUUGCUGUCAUCCUGUCCUGACCCGUAACAAGGAGAUUGUGGCAGAUGAAGAAGACGCUGCCGUUGCAGCUGCAGCUGAUGACAAUGGGUUCGCCGACGACAUGGAUCUGCAAGAACUCAUAGACCGGUUCACCAAAGACAGCGACCUCGCAGAAAAGGAAAACCCGGCUUCGAAGGACCCUAUUACCACAUUCACCACCAAUGCAUUGCGCCAAAUCCAAGAGGAUUCGAGUGGCGAGUGUCCAUUGUGUUACGAAGAGCCAAUGGUCAACCCUGCCGUUACCACUUGUUGGCAUAGCGCCUGCAAGGAGUGUCUGGAGAAAUCGAUUGUGGUCCAGACGGACAAGGGGGAAAUUCCUCGCUGCUUUUCAUGCAGAGAAGCCAUCAACCCGAGAGAUGUCUUUGAAGUUGUUAGGCACAACAGCCCUUCUGCAUCUUCUGAUUCGGAGGGGGACAUGUAUUCUGCGGAUGAUGGCGUUACGAAACCUACCAGAAUCUCGUUACGACGGAUACACCCGUACUCACCGACUGCGUCGACGUCAGCAAAGAUAGCAGCAUUGCUGAAGCACCUAUCCGCCUUGCCGCGAGCUACCAAAUCCGUGGUGUUCUCGCAGUUCACAUCUUUUCUCGAUCUUAUCGCACCGCAACUUACCACACACGGCUUUUCGCACCUUCGGUUCGAUGGCACCAUGUCACAGAAGGCCCGAGCACAGGUCAUUCGGGCAUUCAACGCGGAGAACACGUCCGACCCGAAAGCGCCUCGCAUCUUGCUGCUUUCUCUCAGGGCUGGCGGGGUGGGGUUAAACCUCACAGCGGCAAGUCGGUGCUACAUGAUGGACCCCUGGUGGAGUUUUGCCGUGGAGGCACAGGCGAUUGAUCGAGUACACCGUAUGGGACAGACGCAGAAAGUCGAGGUAAUUAGGUUUGUGACGAAGGAGAGCAUUGAAGGAAGGAUGCUGCGCGUGCAAGAAAGGAAGAUGGCGGUUGCCGGAAGCCUAGGCGUCGGCCAGUCGGGGGCGGGAGAGAGCGAAGAGGAGAGGAAGCAGAGACGGAUCGAAGAGCUGGAAAUGCUGCUGGGUUAG